AGGGUGGCGGCGGGGCCGGGACGGGGGUGGAGCCCGCUCCAGGGGUCUCGGGCCCGAGCGUGGAGCCCACGCCGGAGCCGCAGGCAGAAUCCGAAUCUGGGUCCGAGUCGGAGCCCGAGGCAGGCCCGGGGCCCAGGCCCGGGCCGCUGCAGAGGAAGCAGAUCGGGCCGGAGGACGUGCUGGGGUUACAACGGAUCACCGGCGACUACCUGUGCUCCCCUGAGGAGAAUAUCUACAAGAUCGACUUCGUCAGGUUCAAGAUUCGGGACAUGGACUCAGGCACUGUCCUCUUUGAAAUCAAGAAGCCCCCAGCCUCAGAGCGGUUGCCCAUCAACCGGCGGGACCUGGACCCCAAUGCUGGGCGCUUUGUCCGCUACCAGUUCACACCUGCCUUCCUCCGCCUGAGGCAGGUGGGAGCCACGGUGGAGUUCACGGUGGGAGACAAGCCUGUCAACAACUUCCGCAUGAUUGAGAGGCACUACUUCCGCAACCAGCUGCUCAAAAGCUUUGACUUCCACUUUGGCUUCUGCAUCCCCAGCAGCAAGAACACUUGCGAGCACAUCUACGACUUCCCCCCGCUCUCCGAGGAGCUGAUCAGCGAGAUGAUCCGUCACCCAUACGAGACGCAGUCUGACAGCUUCUACUUCGUGGAUGACCGGCUGGUGAUGCACAAUAAAGCAGACUAUUCCUACAGUGGGACACCCUGACCCCCAGUUCCACCCCUGCCCCAGGAGACUGGUCCUGGGCCCUCAGCUGUGAUCUCCUCUUCACUCACCUCCUAACCCCCAGCCUUCUGUUUGGGGAGUGCUCCCAGAGCCUGGGCCCUGAGUCAGCAUUGGGAGGAAGGGUGCCAGUGUCCCCAGUCCAAGCCUGUGGAGCCCAAGAGACUUAGCACAUGGGGUGGGGUAGGGGGGCUGUUUGCUUCUAAGUCCAGGAAGGCAUCUUGGAGAGGAGCAGCCAGGACUUUGGGACAGCUUAGCCAGGCCCUCCUGUGCCCAGGAUUCUGAAUAGUGUUCCCCUAUCUGGGCUGUGACCAGGUCAGGGAAGGGAUCCUUUCCCUGUCCCCUGCCUUCCUCCUCCAGGCCAUGUAGAGUUGUCCAUCCACAGACAAAGAUGCACAUUGGAGUCUGGCUGCCAAGCUGCCCACAGGCGUCUGGGCCCUGGCCCUAGCACGAGCCACCUCCUUCAGGGAUGGAGACACGGCCUGAGGUGUGGGAGGGGCCAUCCCAGCCUGCAGCCUGUGGUAGGAGCCGGACCAGCUGUAUAUAGUUUUCAAUAAACUUUCCUUUUCUGUUC